CUGAUGUUGUUGUCAUCUGUGACAUGUAGCUAGAGUACGGUUGUUAUUUGUGUGUCUUUUUUUUAUUAAUAUAACGUUUGUGUAUAAAGAGAAUGGCAGCAACAGUGGCUACACCUGUCACCCCCCCGGAGCACGAGCCUGACCGGUGUGGGAGUGAGGAGGAGAGCCGCGGGGCCGAGGCAGAGGAGGAGAGCAGCCAGCAGCAGACAGGCCCCGCUGCUGCCGUGACCCACAGCCGACUGUCCAAACUCCCGCUGGCCCGCAUCAAGGCGCUCAUGAAGACCGACCCAGACGUGUCACUCGCCAGCCAGGAGUCUGUGUUCAUCAUCGCUAAAGCCACGGAGUUAUUUGUUGAGAUGAUCGCCAAAGAUGCCAUGGUGUACGCCCAGCAAGGGAAGAGGAAAACUUUGCAAAGAAAAGACUUGGACAAUGCAAUAGAGGCCAUUGAUGAAUUUGCAUUUCUUGAAGGCACACUCGAUUAAACGCUUCAGAAGACGAGAACAUUGAAUAUCUGCAACCAUCCAAGAAACUCUGAGUUACAGGAACACAAUUUAUUGCGAAAACCUUUGUGGUACUUUUCUAAGUCAAACUCUCAAAUUGGAUAUUUAUAAAUGCUUUUCUACAAUGUGCCAUUAAGAUUUUUCAUACUUAACUUUGAAGAUGUCAGUGGUAAUGUGUAAAUGUUUUGUAAAUAUUUGUGAAAUACUACUGUACAAUGAAAUAAAUUUAAGUUUUGAA